AGAUCCCACGUGUGACGCUAGCGCUCCCGGUUCGGUAAUAUUCCUUGAGCUGGGGCUGCAGUGCCCGUGUGUGUGUGUAUGCAUGUGUUUGGAGUUGGUUGGGCUUUGAGCAAUGGAAGCGGACGCGAGUCAAGUCACCUCUGGAAGCCUGAACGAUUCGCAACACGACCCGGGUAAAAUGUUUAUCGGUGGACUCAGCUGGCAAACCUCACCAGACAGCCUUAGAGACUAUUUCUGCAAAUUCGGGGAGAUCAGAGAAUGUAUGGUGAUGCGCGACCCCACCACCAAACGCUCCAGAGGGUUUGGCUUCAUCACGUUUGCAGAUGUUUCCAGUGUAGAUAAAGUCUUAGCUCAACCACACCACGAAUUAGACUCCAAGACGAUUGAUCCUAAGGUCGCCUUUCCUCGACGUGCUCAACCCAAGAUGGUCACAAGAACAAAGAAAAUCUUUGUGGGUGGAUUAUCAGCGAGCACAGUGGUCGAAGAUGUGAAGCAGUAUUUUGAACAGUUCGGAAAGGUAGAGGAUGCCAUGCUAAUGUUUGAUAAAACUACAAACAGACAUAGAGGCUUCGGCUUCGUAACGUUCGAGAAUGAAGACAUUGUAGAGAAAGUCUGUGAAAUUCAUUUUCACGAAAUCAAUAAUAAAAUGGUAGAAUGUAAGAAGGCUCAACCAAAGGAGGUGAUGUUUCCUCCAGGCACGAGGGGGAGGGCGAGAAGUCUUCCCUACACCAUGGACGCCUUCAUGUUGGGCAUGGGCAUGUUGAGUUAUCCAAACAUUGUGGCAACGUAUGGUCGUGGAUACACAGGAUUCUCUCCUAGCUACAGUUACCAGUUUCCAGGUUUUCCAGCGACUGCGUACGGACCGGUGGCGGCGGCAGCAGUGGCGGCAGCACGAGGCUCAGGUAGGGCGACCCGGGGAAGAAGCGGCUACAUGGCGUAUCCACAGAACGCAGGGCCAGGGUUUCCAGAUUAUGGCUUUUACUCUGGGCCUGGAGACCAGCGGGCCGCCCCCUGCUCCUUUGCUGAUUAUGCCACCCUGGGACCCCAUACAGGUCAGAUGCUGCAGAGCGAGCACGUCACCUCCACCUGCAACUCUCCGUCCCAGCACCACCCAAGCCCGGACCACUUUAAAAGCUCAGGUGCUAACCCUCCUCGGCCUGGAGGUUUCCCCGGUGCGAACAGUCCUGGCCCCGUGGCAGACCUGUAUGGCCCCAGCAGUCAGGACUCAGCAGUGGGAAAUUACAUCAGCGCUGCCAGUCCUCAGCCAGGCUCCGGGUUCAAUCACAGUAUCGCGGGUCCUUUGAUUGCCACAGCAUUUACAAAUGGGUACCACUGAAAGCUAGCUGAAGACGAGGCACCAACUCUUUGAAGAGUUUGUCUGGAGGCCCUGGGAAAACAUCCGGAGUCUCUGAUUGGUUCGUGUACAGUUGAUGUCAUAAAAAGACUUCAAGCACUACAGGUUCUGAUUGGUCGAAGGAGAGACGAGGAGGGUGGAACCAAAUAAAGUGGACAAGAACAAACACGAUCAUCUCAGAAAACCAACAUCACAACUGCUGUAACUACUCCAACCCUCCUGUCUCUGCAGGACUUCUCCCUGUUUUUAAUUGAUUUUUACACGCGCUUCUCUUCCUUUCUGUCAGCUUUUGAAAUGACUUUGGCUUUUAGAGACACACUUGUAGAUAAGCGAGUUAUUCAGCCGUGAUCUUUUUUCACUCAUUUUUAGUGUUCGCUAGUCUUGUCAAUUUUUUUGCGCUCAUGGACAGACGCCACAUUGAAAGACAUCCAUUGGGGGAAAAAAAGAAAAUAAUCUUAGUAGCUGUUUUUAAUUGUGAAGUCUCAUUGUGGAUCAUGAUGACCUAUUUUUGGGCAAUACAGAGGGAGAGGACUCCAAUAUUUUUAUGGUCCUUUUUAUAUAUAUACACACAUAUAUAUAUCUAUCUAUCAAUGUGUUGUUGUUGUCGUCAUUUAGAAAAAGAAAAAAGUAUACUGUACAAUGUUUUUUUAAAUGAAAACAUGGUGGUUUCAAAUAUAAGAGACAGAAAUGUAACUGUAAAUAUACGUCACCGCAUAUUAACCAGUUCAGACUUAUUUUUCUGAUGGUUUAAAAAAAAUGUUUAAAAAAAUCAGGGUGAAAUACAAAUGUUUGACGCAAUUAUGGUGGAUAAAAAAGUAAAAUACUCCAGUAAUAGAUUAUGAUUUGUUCAAUGACUGUAAACGCAUAAGCUGAAUCAUCUGACAGGUGUAAAACCAGCAUUUUCAUGAGCUCAAUCUUUCAGAAACGCCACUCCUGUCUAAAGCACACUGUGUGUAGUGAUCAACGAAAGGACGUUUUGCUGUGUUCUGCACAUUCUGACACUUUUAUACUCCUGAGAAAAGAAAAAAGAAAAAAAAAGAAGCUUACUAUGUCGUCUGUUGUUGUUAAUGUUGUCUAAUAGAGGACGUUCCUCUUGAUUUUGGAAGUUGUACGUGAACGGUUUACUUCUCUUUGGGCAGGAGAAAGCAAAUAUUUUUUUUGUUUUGUUUUUAAUGAAUCAUACCUCAGUCCUGUGAGAUUUCAUUUAUUCUGCGCAGAUCAAGCGCAUAGAGGAAGCUUUGCACUGUGUACAAAAAGAAUGAGGGGUUUUCUCUUUGCACAUGCUAGCUGUCACGACUGACCUUACACAGAUUUGAAGUAUGAAAAAUUGUUCAGUGAAUGUUGCUUUUAUUUUUCUGCCGCUGGCGUCCAGAACGCAGGUCGAGAAGAAGCCAAACGAAAAGCAAUCUAUUACUGGUGCGCUCAGAUUUCAUUUCAAGGACAUAGCGAGCCUUUUAUCUGAAAUAUUGACGUAUUUUAAUAAUAUACAGCCAGUUGAAGACACUGAAGAAGAAGAAAAAAUGUUGACCCAGAGCUGCUGAUGAGUUUUGUUUUUAAGUUGAAAAGCUGUUUUAGGUCAAAUGCAUAUAUAUAAAUAAAUAAAAUGCAGAUUUUUAAUGUUCUGAUAUGUAUAUUCUGAUGUAAAUGUGUCUUUUUCUGCUGCAGGUGUAAACUGUUUUUUUGUUUAAUGACUUCUCUUUGAUUUGGUGUAGUCUGGUGGACGGAGGUGUGUUAAACCCAGAGCCUCCAAAAGAUUUACAGCUCCAGUUAUAUUUAACAUCCGGAAGGAAACUGAGCAGAAGAUGGAGGAAAACUAUUGUAAUGUUCAAAUGUAAAAGAAAAUGUAAAAACAAAACAUUAAAAAAAAGGAAACGAA